AUGGGCAAACUAUCAUUCAAAGAUGUUCUUCCUCUCACCGGUUCAUCUCAAACAAUACCUCAUAUUGGCUUCGGGGUCUUCCGUUCAGAUGGAUCGACAUGCAAGGCCUCUUGCCUAACUGCUCUUAAACUUGGGUACCGUCACAUUGACACAGCUCAAUACUAUGAAAACGAAGCCCAAGUAGGCGAGGCAGUUCGCGAGAGUGGACUACCACGUGAGAGCGUCUAUGUUACUACGAAAGUUAUACAACCCGUUGGAAACGUUGAGGAAACGCUGCAGUCAUUGAGGGAGAGUGUGGGGAGGAUUGGGCUCGGGUAUGUGGAUCUAUUCUUGAUCCACUCUCCUUCCAGUGGAAAGGAAGGAAGAAAGGGGCUUUGGACCGCGUUGGAGGAGUUGAAAAAAGAGGGAGGAACUAAGGAUAUCGGUGUGAGUAACUUUGGAGUAAAGCACCUAGAGCAGCUUAAAGAGUUCUCCUCGACUACUCCAGUAGUGAAUCAGAUAGAGCUGCACCCUUGGUGUCAACAACGUGAAGUUGUCGACUACUGCAAGAAAAAUGGCAUUGUCGUACAGGCCUAUGCACCCUUGGUUCGAGCCCAGAAGAACAAUGAUCCAACCCUUCAAUCCAUUGCCGAGGCACAUGGCGUCUCAGUCCCCCAGGUGCUUGUGCGAUGGUCCCUCCAAAAUGGAUUUGUGCCACUACCCAAGAGUGACAACCCGGGCCGGAUUAAGAGCAACGCAGAUGUUUAUGGCUUCGAACUCACUGAUGAAGAGAUGAAAAAGCUCAAUGAUAAAGCUUUGCCUGAUGAAGAAGGAGCGAUUUGCCCGUACCUUGCGAAUUGUCCAGGGUGGCGUGGAGGCUCUCGUUUAAGGAGUGGCACAUUUGGCAAUUCAUGA